AUGACGGGUCUUACUCGUCCUGUUUAUCCCAGCAAGAGCUCUAGUACAGAUGCAGUUAUGCCAGCAGAAGAGCGCCUUACUAUUUUACCAUUUGGCCAGCACUUGGCCGUGAGCUGUCCUUUGCCUUCCUGGCUACCCGUGGCCAGCAGUGCAAGCCAACUCGGUCAGGUGAUGGCAAGUAGACUCCUCUCUACUCUAGAUCUUGCAAACUUCCUGGGCGGGCUAAUCCAGCACCGCUUCGUGGCAGCCAGUGGAGUCGCUUGGUCUCAGCAGCACUGCGUCAACACCCGACACGGAAAGAAAGUAAGUGAAGGCACGGCAGGGAAAGCAGACUGGAAAAAGAAAAAUAAGUUCUUUUGGCAGAAUUUCCGAAAGAACCAGAAAGGACUAAUGAGGCAGACGUCAAAAGGAGAGGAUGUAGGGUACGUGGCCAGUGAGAUCACGAUGAGUGACGAGGAACGGAUCCAGCUGAUGAUGAUGGUCAAAGAGAAGAUGAUCACCAUUGAGGAAGCACUUGCUAGGCUGAAGGAGUACGAAGCCCAGCACAGGCAAUCGAGCACUGCAGACGCUACGGAAUGGCCUGAUGUUUCUUACUCAACCUUUGAUGGGUCUUCCAACUGUAAUUCAAGAGAACAAUCUGAUGAUGAAACAGAGGAGUCGGUGAAGUUUAAGAGGUUGCACAAGCUGGUGAAUUCUACUCGCAGAGUCAGGAAGAAACUCAUCAGAGUGGAAGAAAUGAAAAAACCCAGCACAGAAGGUGUGGAAGAGCACCCCCUUGACAACUCUCCUGUUCUGGAUGACAGAUCGGCACUUUACUCUGGAGUUCACAAGAAGCAAUUCUACUUCGACAGCUCCUGCGAAAAGCAGGCAGAGGACGACUCGGACUCACUCACUACUUCUCCCUCAUCCAGCAGUCUCGAUACGUGGGGAGCUAACCGGAAGCUGGUGAAGACCUUCAGCAAAACUGAUAGCCGUGGCCUUAUCAAGCCUCCCAAGAAACUGGGGACAUUUUUCUCUUACCCAGAAGAGGAGAAGACCCAGAAAGUUUGCCGCUCCUUGACAGAUGGGGAAAUGAAGAAGAGCCUCGGCUCGCUGAGCCAUGGGAGAACCUGUAGCUUUGGAGGAUUUGACUUGACAAAUCGUUCCCUUCAUAUUGGAAACAGCUCUGACCAAAUGGGCAAAGAAGGAGACUUCGUUUAUAAAGAAGUGAUCAAAUCACCCUCUGCCUCCCGUAUAUCUUUGGGCAAAAAGGUGAAAUCUGUAAAAGAAACCAUGAAGAAGAGGAUGUCUAAAAAAUAUAGCAGCUCUCUGUCUGAGCAG